AUGGAUGCGGCAUCUGGAAAUAAUCACAUUGAUGUUGUAAAGUUCCUUUAUGAACAUCGUAGUGAGGGUGCAACAAGCUUAGCAAUCCAUCAAGCUAUUGAAAGUGGACACACUGAAAUGGUUGAAUAUCUUGUUCAAGUUGUCAAAAGUGAAUGUUCAUCGGCUGCAGUUCGAAUGGCAAUAGAAAAAGGUAGAUUAGAUAUUUUAUCUCUUCUUCAUGACUAUUAUCCAAACAACAGUGGUGUUUGGACAAGAAGUGAUAUGAAUUUGGCAGCCAAACUGGGACACUUUGAAAUUGUCAAAUUCCUUCAUGAGCAUCGUCAAGAGGGAUGUACUGUCAAAGCUCUAGAUAAUGCAUGUAAAUACGGAUUCAUGGAUAUCGUCAAAUUCCUUCAUGAGCAUCGUCAAGAAGGAUGCACCACCAAAGCUCUAAACAAAGCAUCUAAAAAGGGAUUCAUGGAUAUUGUAUUAUUCCUUCAUCAACACAGAACUGAAGGUGGAACGUAUAAAGCAAUGUCUGAUGCAGCUCAAUAUGGUCAUUUUGAAAUUCUAAAGUUUUUAUACAACAAUCGACGACAAGAAGUAAAUGUAGCAGAUGCAAUAGAAUUAUCAUGUUGCAAUCAAAGAAAUGAAAUCCCUUUGUUCUUGCUCGAUAUUUUCAUCAAAGAAAAAGAGGAUAUAGGAGGAUUGAAAGCAGCACGCCUCCAACUAGAUAAUAUUGAAUCUGCAAUCAUUAUAUCAUCAAUUUGUGGUCACCUUGAAUAUGUCAAGUAUCUUGUAUCAACAUUCAACAUUACUACCCUUGAAAAGGAUUCGAUUUACGAAAUCAAAUAUUUAUAUGGAAAAUAA